CAGUUAGCUCUAACCAAACAAUCCAAACAAUUCCAAGAUGUUCAAACUGUCCGCUGCUGUUUUCGUCCUGUGCGCUGUGCUCGCCUGCAGUCAGGUUGAGGCCAAGCCGGCGGUUGUGGUUGAAGCCGCUCCAGCUGUGGUCACUGCCACCAGCUCUCAAUAUGUGGCACGCAACUUCAAUGGCAUUGCAGCUGCCCCAAUUGUUGCCGCUGCUUAUACCGCUCCUGUUGCUGCCGCUUAUACCGCUCCUGUUACCGCUGCCUAUACCGCUCCUGUUGCUGCCGCUUAUACCGCUCCAAUUGCAUCUGCCUACACUGCUCCAGUUGCAUCCGCCUACACCGCCUAUCCCUACAGCUAUCCCUACACCGCUGGCUACACCACAUACCUGUAAAUGAUUUUGUCGAUUAAUCCGGCUUGACUCAUUAUUCAAAUAUAAAUCAAUUGCUCAACUGAAA